AAGCUGAUUCGAAACUCACACAGUCACUGAGACUGAGAGCAGAAAUGGAGCAGAAUCAGCUGGACAGAGAAAGUUUCUCCUGUCCGAUCUGUCUGGAUCUACUGAACGAUCCGGUGACGAUUCCCUGUGGACACAGCUACUGCAUGAGCUGUAUCAAAACCCACUGGGAUGAAGAGGAUCGGAGGAGAAUCCACAGCUGCCCUCAGUGCAGGGAGACGUUCAUACCAAGGCCUGUUUUGAAGAAAAACACAAUGUUUGCAGCUUUAGUGGAGCAAUUACAAAAGACUGAACACCAAGCUGCUCCUGCUGAUCCCCGCUAUGCUGGACCUGAAGAUGUGGUUUGUGAUUUCUGCACUGGAAGAAAACUGAAAGCCAUCAAGUCCUGUUUAGUCUGUCUGGCCUCUUACUGUGAGAAACACCUUCAGCCUCAUUAUGAUUCAGCUGCAUUUCGGAAACACAAGCUGGUGGAGCCGUCCAACAACCUCCAGGAGAAAAUCUGCUCUAAGCACGAUAAGUUGUUGGAGAUCUUCUGCCGCACUGAUCAGAAGUGUAUCUGUUACCUCUGCACUAUGGAUGAACAUAAAGGCCAUGAGACAGUUUCCGCUGCAGCAGAAAGAGCUGAGAGGCAGAAGAAACUCCAGGAGAGACAAGGAAACAUCCAGCAGAGAAUCCAGGACAGAGAGAAAGAUGUGAAGCUGCUUCAACAGGAGGUGGAGGCCAUCAAUCACUCUGCUGAUAAAACAGUGGAGGACAGUGAGAAGAUCUUCACCCAGCUGAUCCGUCUCCUCCAGGAAAGAAGCUCUGAUGUGAAGCAGCAGAUCAGAUCCCAGCAGGAAACUGAAGUGAGUCGAGUCAAAGAUGUUCAGGAGAAGCUGGAGCAGGAGAUCACUGAGCUGAAGAGGAAAGACGCUGAGCUGGAGCAGCUCUCACACACAGAGGAUCACAACCAGUUUCUCCUCAACUACCCCUCACUGCCAGCACUCAGUGAGUCUACACACUCAUCCAGCAUCAACAUCCGUCCUCUGAGACACUUUGAGGACGUGACAGCAGCUGUGUCAGAGCUCAGAGACAAACUACAGGACGUCCUGAGAGACUCAUGGACAAACAUCUCACUGAAAAUCACUGAGGUGGAUGUUCUACUGUCAGAACCAGAACCAAAGAGCAGAGCUGGAUUCUUAAAGUAUUCAUGUGAAAUCACCCUGGAUCCAAACACAGCACACACACAGCUGGGCCUGUCAGAGGGGAACAGGAAGGUGAUGAGGAUGAAUCAACCUCAGCUUUAUUCUACUCACCCAGACAGAUUCACUAAUUAUUCUCAGGUUCUGAGCAGAGAGAGUCUGACUGGAUGUUGUUACUGGGAGGUGAAGUGGACCGGGUCGGUUUGUGUUGCUGUCGCAUACAAGAACAUCAGCAGAGCAGGAGCAUCUGGACCUCCAUCUCGGGUCCAGUUUCCUCCAGACUGGGAGUGUAUCUGGACCACAGAGCAGGUCUUCUGUCCUUCUACAGCGUCUCAGAAACCAUGACUCUGAUCCACAGAGUCCAGACCAGGUUCACUCAGCCGCUUCACGCUGGGGUUGGGAUUGGUUUAAGAAGCUCUGCAGAGUUCAGUAAACCCAACUAGCUUUCCUCUCCUCUCUGAUGC